GUGGAGAUGGUGACGAAACAGCGUCGAAGUAGCAAAUUCGUAAAGCGAAGUUCACAAUCUCUGACGUUCAAGUGAAAAAAAGCGCGCUUUCACCAAACUCUCAACUCCUUUCUUAAAUAAAUGCCACAGACUUCGAUCAUAUGUUCUUAAUUCAUUCCCCUUCAAAACCAAGUUCUCACCUUUAUGUUCUCUUUCUCAUUCUGGGUUCAGUGUUGGUGAGGUGUGAGAGUAAUCAAGUUCUCACCUUUCGUCUCUUUCUCGUUCUGGGUCCAGGUUUGGUAAGCUGUGAGUGUGAGGGCUUCAAGUUAUCACCUUUUUCUCUUUCUCGUUCUGGGUUCAGGGCUGGUGUGGUGUGGUGUGAGGGUUUCAAAUUUUCAGUCUUGAUACGUCUAUUGAGAGAUUUCAUCACAGAUGAUGAAUCUUGGGUUAGUCGAAAUUACUCUGCUUUGCUGUCUCUUUGUCUCUUUCCGUAUUGAUUCCGUCUCCUCUCUAAACUCGGAAGGUUCGGCUUUGCUUUCGCUUCUCAAUCACUUCGACGCGGUACCAAUUGAAGUAAACUCGACGUGGAAGAAGAACACAUCUGAAACCACUCCGUGUCACUGGUUUGGUGUCACUUGUGAUAAACUAAGUAACGUCGAGAUUCUUAAUCUGAGUACGUCUGGUCUUUCAGGGCAACUAGGUUCUGAAAUCGGGGAGCUUAAGAGCUUGUUCACUCUGGAUCUGAGUGGCAAUAGUUUAUCUGGUUCUCUACCUUCCAGUUUAGGUAAGUGUACCUUACUUGACUACUUGGAUUUGUCUGAUAAUAGAUUUUCCGGAGAGAUUCCAGACAGUUUCGGUAGCAUGAAGAACUUGAGGCUUGUGUAUCUUACUUCAAACUCUUUCAGUGGUGAGUUGCCUCAAUUCUUGUUCCAGCUUCCCUUGUUAGAAGUGCUGAAUCUUGAACGCAACAAUCUUACCGGUUUGAUUCCUGCAAGUGUUGGUGGGUUGAAAGAGCUUGUAGAUCUCACCUUAUCUCACAAUGAGUUGUCUGGUCCCAUCCCUGAGUCUAUUGGGAACUGCAGUAAGCUGGAAUAUCUCUACUUGAACAAGAACAAGCUAAAUGGUUCUUUACCGGAAAGUCUCAACCUGCUCAAGAAUCUAAACGAAGUGUUUGUCAGUAACAACAGCCUUGGAGGCAGGAUUCGUUUCGGUUCAAGAAAGUGCAACAAGUUGGUGAAGUUAGACCUCUCCUACAAUGAUUUUGAAGGUGGUAUUCCUCCUGAGAUUGGCAAUUGCAGUAACCUUGAGGCUUUGCGCAUCAUCGACUGCAACUUAACUGGUAACGUUCCAUCAUCCUUGGGUAUGUUAAAGAAGGUUACUGAAAUAAACCUUGGAGAUAAUCGUCUCUCUGGGAAUAUCCCUCACGAGCUUGGGAACUGCAGCAGCUUACAUACUUUGAAGCUGAACGGCAACCAGCUCCAAGGAGAGAUACCACCUGCAUUGGGCAAGCUAAGGAAGCUACAAAGUCUGGAGCUUUUCGAGAACAAGCUGUCUGGUGAGAUUCCUAUCAGCGUGUGGAAGAUUCAGAGUCUGACACAGAUGGUCGUUCACAACAACACUCUCACCGGGGAACUACCAGUUGAAAUUACUGAGCUGAAGAAUCUCAAGAAGCUUUUGAUGUUUAACAACAGCUUUUAUGGAGGGAUACCUAUGAGUUUGGGCUUGAAUAGAAGCUUAGAGGAGGUGGAUCUUAUUGAUAACAGAUUUACAGGGGAGAUACCUCCCAAUCUCUGCCAUGGACAGAAGUUGAAGUUUUUUAACUUGGGUUCUAAUCAGCUUCAUGGUAGCAUACCACCGUCUAUUGGUCAGUGUAAGACACUCGAGAGAAUCUGGCUUGGAGGAAACAAGCUUUCUGGUGUUCUUCCGGAGUUUCCUGAGACUCACAGUCUUGAGUUUGUGGAAAUCAAAGGCAACAACAUUGAAGGAUCCAUCCCUCGCAGCCUGGGAAGCUGUAAAAAGCUCCAGACAGUCGACUUUUCUCAAAACAAACUCACUAGUCUAAUACCUCAAGAAUUGGGGAAUCUGCAAAACCUGGGACGGUUGAAUCUUUCACACAACCGCCUGGAAGGUACUCUGCCAUCUCAGCUAUCAGGCUGUGUGAAAAUGCUGGAGUUUGAUGUCGGCUCCAACUCACUUAACGGUUCUGUUCCUUCAAGUUUCAGCAGCUGGAGAAGCUUGACUACUUUGGUUCUCAGCGAUAAUCAGUUCUCAGGAACCAUUACACCGUUCUUGGCAGGGCUUGACCGCCUGUUACAUCUCCGGGUAGCUCGAAAUGCUUUUGGAGGAGGUGAGAUUCCUUCCUCUCUUGGCUUAUUAAAGCACCUGAACAGCUUAGACCUCAGUGGAAACGGAUUCACCGGUGAGAUUCCAGCCUUUCUUGGGGGUCUUGUCGAUCUCUUACGUCUCAACAUAUCCAAUAAUAAGUUGACAGGGAACUUAUCUGUUCUUCAAAGUCGUAGUUUCUUUCAGCUUGAUGUCUCUAAUAAUCAGCUCACUGGUCCAAUACCGGAAAUGCUGAUAAAUAGUUCAUCAGUAUUCACCGGAAACCCAAGCCUCUGCAUUCAACGUUCUCACUCAGUAAGUGCACUGAUCCGUAAAGAGUUUAAAACUUGCAAAGGUCAAGAAGCCAAACUAAGCACCUGGAUGAUUGCUCUUAUAGCAGUUGGUUCCUUUCUAUCUGCAUUGGCUUUGAUCUUUGCUCUAGUUUUUAUUAUUAUCUGCUGCAAAAGAGGAGUCAAGACGGAAGACACUCCUGUCCUCGACGAGGAAGAAGGCCUUUCCCUCUUGCUUAACAAAGUUCUCACAGCCACUGAGAAUCUAGACGACAAGUACAUCAUCGGAAGAGGAGCUCAUGGAGUUGUUUACAAAGCCUCGUUAGCCCCAGGCGAAGAAUACGCCGUGAAGAAACUCAUCUUUGCAGAAAGCGUACGUGCAAACCAGAAUAUGAAGAGGGAGAUCGAGACGAUCGGGCAAGUCAGGCACAGGAACCUCGUUCGGUUGGAAAGGUUUUGGAUCAGAAAAGAAAACGGCCUGAUGCUGUACAAGUACAUGCCCAAUGGAAGCCUACACGACGUUCUGCACAGAGGUAACCAAGGAGAAACGGUUCUUGACUGGUCUACACGGUUCAACAUAGCCCUUGGGAUCGCACACGGGCUAGAGUAUUUACACCAUGACUGUCAUCCAGCAAUCAUCCACCGUGACAUCAAACCAGAGAACAUACUCAUGGACUCGGAGAUGGAGCCUCACAUUGGAGAUUUCGGAUUGGCUAGGAUUCUAGAUGACUCGACUAUUUCAACAGCAACCAUCACAGGCACCACUGGUUACAUUGCACCAGAAAAUGCGUACAAAACGGUGAGAUGCAAGGAAUCAGAUGUUUAUAGUUAUGGAGUUAUUUUGCUCGAGCUGAUAACGGGAAAGAGAGCAGUCGACAGAUCUUUCCCUGAGGAGACAGAUAUCGUGAGCUGGGUCAGAUCUGUGUUAAGCAGCUACGAGGAUGAUGACGAUGAUACUGUUGGUCCAAUCGUUGAUCCAAGGCUUGAGGAUGAGCUUCUGGAUACAAAGCUUAGAGAACAAGCAAUUCUACUUACAGACUUGGCACUUGUGUGUACAGACAAGAGGCCAGAGAACAGACCGUCAAUGAGAGAUGUGGUGAAAGAGUUGACUGAUGUGAAAGAUCUUGUGAGAAGCACUUCUGGCUCAGUUCAAUAGUUUCAGUAUUUUACAGGUUUAUAGUAGCAGUAAGAGUGGAGAGUAUCUUGAUAUUAUAUCUGUAACUACUAAUACUGAUAUAUUAUAAAGUAAGGAUUAGUAAUACUGAAGAUCUGAGAA